AUGGCCACGAGUUGGCUGGCUUGGUUCCUCGAAGCAUUAAGCAAGUUCUUGAAUUUCAUAACUUUCGGAAAAAUGCUGCGAGAGGAGAUCGAAGACACAGAUUUGACGGUGAAUGUCAAGUUCAGCAAGGACCUCAUUAUACCGGUGAAGAUCUCAUCUGACAUGACAGUGCAACAGAUCAAGGAUCAACUGGCGUCGGAGCUCAGCAUUCCCCAGCAAGAGUUACGCAUCAUAUUCGCUGGGAAAGAACUCAUGGAUCAGACGAUUCUCCAGGAUUUCGACGUUGGAGAUCAAACGAUCCUCCACGCGGUGAAACAGAAACAAGCGCAAACAUCGAUAUCCAUUCCCGAGGUGAACGCGGAAACUACGUGUCCACUGUCCGAUUCGAUUGUGAAAUUGCAGCUUACAGAUAGCGAUCGUAAAACUCUGGGCAGUUCCAUCGAUAUCCGGCGGGUGCAUUUCUUCGUGUUCUGUAAUGAUCCCUGCAAACAGGUAUGUCCGGGAAAAUUGAGGGUGAGAUGUGCAACAUGUCUUCAGGGCACCCUGCUUCUACAAGAGGAUCCACAAUGUUGGGAGGAUGUCCUCUCGAAAGGACGCCUCAAGGGAAAAUGUCAGAACGACUCCUGCACUGGUUCGGACGCUGAGUUUUUCUUCAAAUGUGCCGCCCAUACGCCCAACACUGACAAUGCUGCGCCGCUCGAGCAUGUCAAGAAUAAUUUCCAAGAAGUUCCUUGCAUCGCUUGCCAAGACAUAAGCCAAAUCGUCCUGGUUUUCCCUUGCGAGGCUUCGCACGUAAUCUGCCUGGAGUGCUUCCUCGCCUACUGUCUGUCGAGAUUGAACGAACGCAAAUUCGUGCAGACAGACCUCUUCGGCUACACAUUGGCCUGCCCAGUGAAUUGCGCGGACUCGUUCAUAAAGGACGCGCAUCAUUUCAGGGUUCUCGGAUAUGAGCAAUACCAAAGGUACCAGCGUUUCGCCACAGAAGAUUUCAUCUUGAAGGCGGGUGGGGUUUUCUGCCCUCGACCUGGAUGUGGGGCAGGAAUUCUGCUCGACGAAACUCUCUCCAAAUGCAACAAAGUCACAUGUUCUCGGAUCGAGGGGCAAGGCUGUGGCUUCGUGUUUUGUCGUGACUGUCUCCAAGGCGCGCAUAUCGGUCCUUGUCAAGAAGAAGAUGUAGCAGAACGAGAUUUGACGCUUGCGAUGCAAAGGGAGGACACGGCUGGAGGUACUUUAUUCAUGGUUGACGAAGAUAGAGCGAGCCGUUCCAGAUGGGACAAAUCAUCGAGAAUCACAAUCAAGGGAACCACGAAGCCUUGUCCCAAGUGUCGAACACCGACCGAGCGAUCCGGAGGCUGCAUGCACAUGGCUUGCGGGAGGUGCGACCUCGAAUGGUGUUGGAUUUGCCAGGCCGAAUGGACCAGGAGCUGUCAGGGAUCCCAUUGGUUCGGCUAA